UAAGUUUAACAAGCCUCCGCCCGCCGUCACCAACCUCCGCAACUCGGUCCACCAAUCCACCACCACCAUACCCCCCGUACCGUACCACCAGUCCACCAUGGCCGCCGCCUCCUCCUCCUCGCUCCGGAUCCCCGCACCAACCCACCACCCCGCCGCGGGGGCGCGUCCGCGGCGGCUGCCCUUCCACGCCGUCUCCGUCCGCCCCCGCCGCUCCGCAGCCUCCGCCUCCUCCUCCCCGCAGCAGGCGCCGGCGCCGGGUGACGGCGACGGGCCCACCGGCGUGCCCGUGCCCGUGCCCUUCUCCCGCGACUCCGCCAUCGCGCUGCCCCGGCCGCUGACGAGCGCGGAUCUGAUGGGGGAGGCCAGCGGGGAGGGCCUCAGGGUCGCUUACCAGGGGUGCCCGGGCGCCUACAGCGAGGCCGCCGCCAAGAAGGCCUACCCGAGCUGCGAGACCGUGCCCUGCGAGUACUUCGAGACCGCCUUCCAGGCCGUUGAGAAGUGGGCGGCUGACCGCGCAGUGUUGCCGCUGGAGAAUUCCUUGGGCGGCAGCAUACAUCGCAACUACGACCUCCUGCUUCGCCACCGGCUGCACAUUGUGGGCGAGGUACGGCUGGCGGUUCGUCAUUGCCUGCUCGCGAACCGUGGCGUCAAGAUUGAGAACCUGCGGAGUGCCAUGAGCCACCCUCAAGCUCUGGCGCAGUGUGAGCAAACACUGACGCAGCUAGGAAUUGAACAUAGAGAAGCUGUUGAUGACACAGCGGGUGCGGCCAAGCAAAUUGCAGAAGAAAAUCUCCAAGACACCGCUGCCGUUGCCAGUUCAUUGGCUGCUCAACUUUAUGGACUGGAUAUUCUUGCAGAAAAUAUCCAGGAUGACGCAGAUAAUGUAACCCGUUUCAUGAUGCUGGCUCGGGAACCCAUUAUCCCUCGCACUGAUAAGCCAUUCAAGACUAGCAUAGUGUUCUCUUUGGAAGAAGGACCUGGACAACUCUUCAAGGCGCUUGCUGUCUUUGCUCUGAGGAAAAUUAACCUCACCAAGAUGGAAAGCCGUCCACACAAGAAAAGGCCUCUGCGUGUAGCUGAUGAUAACUCCACGCCGCUGAAGCACUUCGACUACCUUUUCUAUGUAGAUUUCGAGGCUUCAAUGGCUGAUCCAAAUGCACAAAAUGCUCUCAGUAACUUAAAGCAAGAGUUUGCCACCUUCCUAAGAGUUCUUGGGAGCUAUCCUACCGAUGUUACCGAAGCAUGAGUGCAGGGCACCUGAGCAAACAGAAAUCAUUCCUUGAUAGUCGGUAUUUGGCUCUGGAAUAGAAGCAAAUUUUUUCACCGGUCACGAUGAAGAGAUUCACCUGGCAGUUUUGAACUCCGCGAUUCAGUAAAUCUUCCUGGGGGGCUUCUCUGUUCUUUCCACGGGGACAGUAGUUCUCCAGAUAUUCUUUAUUUUCCUGUGAAUGUGAGA